CCUUAGAGAAACCCAACAGCUGCACAGGACCAUGCUGGAGUUUGCUCAAGAGAGACUGUUUGCAUGCUGCAGCAAAGAAGUAAAAAAGGAAGCACUGAUACAAUCUUCCUGCACCAAAAUCUGAUCAGAGACAAGUCUGGGAAGUUUAGAAACAACGCUGGGACAUAAGGAGCAGAAGUCUCCCCGAAGCAAAGCCUCUGCAGUCACCCCACAUCCAGCUUAGGCAUCCCAAGAUGGAAGAGGAACACAUGCCAAGGAGGGAAUUAGAGAGCAUCCAUGGCAUUCCCCUCUACUGGUGCUUUGUGGAGAAGUGGGGCCAGGUGGAGGCCUUCCAAGCCAGGCCAGACGACCUUCUCAUUUCCACCUACCCCAAAUCAGGCACAACCUGGAUCAGCGAGAUUGUGGACAUGAUCUACAAUGAUGGGGAUGUGGAGAAGUGUAAGCGGGAUGCCAUUUUCAAUCGAGUCCCUUUCAUGGAAAUGAGCGCCCCUAACUUUAUAAAUGGCACAGAGCAGCUGGAUAAGAUGCCAUCCCCUCGGUUAGUGAAGACCCAUGUCCCGGUUCAGCUCCUCCCCGUCUCCUUUUGGGAAAAGGAUUGCAAGAUGAUCUAUGUUGCCCGAAAUGCCAAGGAUGUGGCUGUCUCUUAUUACUACUUCUACCAGAUGGCAAAGCUGCAUCCUGAUCCUGGCCCCUGGAAUGAGUUCCUGGAGAAAUUCAUGGCUGGGAAUGUUGCUUAUGGAUCCUGGUAUGAUCAUGUGAAAGGCUGGUGGGAGAAGGCAAAGGACUACCGUAUCCUGUUCCUGUACUAUGAAGACAUGAAAGAGGACCCAAAGCGGGAAGUACAGAAGGUAAUUCAAUUCCUGGGAAAGGACCUGAAGGAGGAGGUGGUGAAUAAAAUCCUCCAUCACACCUCAUUCCAGGAGAUGAAGAAGAACCCCUCUGUCAACUACGAAACAAUGCCCAGCUGGGCUCUGGACCACAGUAUAUCUCCGUUCAUGAGGAAAGGGAUUUCAGGGGACUGGAAGAAUCAUUUCACGGUGGCCCAGAACGAGAGAUUCAACAGGCACUAUGAAGAGCAGAUGAAGGGCUCGGCACUCAGAUUCCGCAUGGAGAUAUGAAGUCUCCCUGCCCCGGGGUGGGAGGCAGACAAAGGAGGAAUCAAAGUGGAAAGUAGAGAAGGUGAUUCAAGUCCUAGGAAAGGACCGGAAGGAGGAGGUGGUGAAUAAAAUCCUCCAUCACACCUCAUUCAAGGAGAUGAGGAAGAACCCCUCUGUCAACUAUGAAACAAUGCCCAGCUGGGCUGUGGACCACAGUAUAUCUCCGUUCAUGAGGAAAGGUGAGCCGCUCUGCCAGCACCUAAGACAGCACCAAGACACCUAACCCAUCCAUCUCAAACUGACUUAUUGUGGGCCAGAAUCCGAAUAGGCUGGACAGGUGAACAGGAGAGUGUAAAGGUUUAAGCAACUUUCAAAUAAA